GCGUUGGCGCGCGCUCUAGGCCGAGGCUGCGUGGGCUGGGGAGGGAGCUAGGCGGCGGCGGCGGCGGCGGCGGCAGCGGCGGUAGCGGCUGCGGCAGCGGCGGCGGCUGCGCCCCAGAGCCCAGGGGGACGCGCGGACCUCGCGCCGCGGGUGCAGACGGCUGCGGAGGAGACCCCGGGCUCCCGGCCCGGGGCGGGAGAGCUCGGCCAGACAACUGCCCGCCUCAGAGGCCGCCGGCCGCGUCCCUAUCCCGGAGUGGCCGACGCCCCUGGAGACUCGCCGUGACACGGGCCUAACCGCGGUGGCCGCGGGCGUCCGGACCACUCGGGCCCGUCGGGCCGGGCCGGUGGGGGGACGAGCGUCCGGGCAGGUGCCGCCCCCCGAGGGCCGGCCGGGGGCCAGGCGCUUAGCCGCGCGGCCCGCGGGCCGGGCUCGGCGGAGGGGCCGCCCGCGCAGCGUCCCCACCCCGUGGGCCGGAGCGGGAGUCGCGCCCCGCCUUCCCCGGAGACGGCCGGCCCGGAGCCUCCGGCGGGAGCCCGGACAGCCAGCGCCCGCCGUCGCCCGCCGGGCUCGCGCGGGAGAGGAGGGAGGAGAAACUUUGCCUCUUAUUGUUGUUUUUACUCCUUAAGUGUAAAGAACUCUGUUGGGAGGAAAAAUGUCCUUCUUCAAUUUCCGUAAGAUCUUCAAGUUGGGGAGCGAGAAGAAGAAGAAGCAGUACGAACAUGUGAAGAGGGACCUAAAUCCCGAGGAGUUUUGGGAAAUUAUAGGCGAAUUGGGCGACGGAGCCUUUGGGAAAGUGUACAAGGCCCAGAAUAAAGAGACCAAUGUUUUAGCUGCUGCAAAGGUGAUUGACACCAAAUCUGAAGAAGAACUUGAAGAUUACAUGGUUGAAAUUGAUAUAUUAGCAUCUUGUGAUCACCCUAAUAUAGUCAAGCUUCUAGAUGCCUUCUAUUAUGAGAACAAUCUUUGGAUCCUCAUUGAAUUUUGUGCAGGUGGAGCAGUGGAUGCUGUGAUGCUUGAGCUUGAGAGACCAUUAACUGAGUCCCAAAUACAAGUAGUUUGUAAGCAGACUUUAGAGGCAUUGAACUACUUACAUGAUAAUAAAAUCAUCCACAGAGAUCUAAAGGCUGGAAACAUUCUUUUUACCUUAGAUGGAGAUAUUAAGUUGGCGGAUUUUGGAGUAUCAGCUAAAAAUACAAGGACAAUUCAAAGGAGAGAUUCCUUUAUCGGCACACCAUAUUGGAUGGCUCCUGAGGUAGUCAUGUGUGAAACAUCUAAGGACAGACCCUAUGACUACAAAGCUGAUGUUUGGUCCCUGGGUAUCACUUUAAUAGAAAUGGCUGAGAUAGAACCACCUCAUCAUGAAUUAAAUCCAAUGCGAGUGCUGCUAAAAAUAGCAAAAUCUGAGCCCCCUACAUUAGCACAGCCAUCAAAAUGGUCUUCAAAUUUUAAGGACUUUCUAAAGAAAUGCUUGGAAAAGAAUGUGGAUUCCAGGUGGACUACAUCUCAGCUACUGCAGCAUCCCUUUGUGACUGUUGAUUCCAACAAACCAAUUCGAGAAUUGAUUGCAGAGGCAAAGGCUGAAGUAACAGAAGAAGUUGAAGAUGGCAAAGAGGAGGAUGAUGAUGAAGAAACAGAAAAUUCUCUGCCAAUACCUGCAAGUAAGCGUGCCUCCUCUGACCUUAGUAUUGCCAGCUCUGAAGAAGAUAAGCUUUCACAAAAUGCUUGUAUUUUGGAAUCUGUCUCAGAAAAAACAGAACGUAAUACUUCUGAAGAUAAAUUUAAUGGUAAAAUACUUACUGAAAAACCCGCCACUGAUGAACCUGAAAAUACUGUGGUAGGCAUUAAUGAACAUGUUAAUGAUACUCAUUUAGAAGCUAUGGCUGAACUUCAUAAUAGAGCAACAAUAAUCGAGGAAAAUGGGAGAGAGGAGAAGAGACCCAAGCUUGAAAAUCUACCUGACACAGAAGACCAUGAAACAGUGGACAUUAAUUCAGUCAAUGAAGGAAAAGAAAAUGACAUAAUGAUAACUUCAGAAACAAAUAUUGAACAGAAUCUGAAACCUGAGGAAGAAGGGGAUCGAGAAAAGCAACAGAUAUUUGAAAAUAAGUUUAUAAAAUCUGAAGAAAUUGAAGACACUACUAUUCAGACAAUGGAUUUAGUUUCUCAAGAGACUGGAGAAAAAGAGUCAGAUAUUCAGGCAAUUGAAAGUGAAGUUGAGUUUACAAAGGAAGACACCCUCGAGAAAUUGGGAAGAGAUGACAAAACUGAAAAAGAUAUGAUCAGUGAUACAAGCAAAGUGAUAGGAACAAAUGAGGCAGAAGACGUUGCUCAGAAGGCAACUGAAAACAGUGCUGAGGAUGCUCAGAGUGAUGAUGGGAAAGAAGUGGGUGAAGUAGGCCAGAAAUUAGUGAUCAAGUCCACAGAGGGUCCUGAGGCUGGUGGUGCUGAGGAAGCUUCUAUUAAAGAAAUAGUUGAAACUAAUGAGAUAGAUCAAAAAUCUGUAGAAGGUAAAGGUGAGGAACAAUUAAUCAGCAGUUCAGAGAACAUAGUGGAGGCCAAUGAGGCGCUCGGGACAAAUGAAGUUGAGAUUACUGAAUCAAGCAGCACUGAAGGAAUGGAGGUCAGAAGUGCGGUGACUGAUAGUGACCAAAAGGCUUUAGAAAGUGAAACUCGGGAUGCUCAUGAAGCCACUGCUCAGAUGGACACAGAACAGAAAGAUAUUCCAUGCAAAGUGCCAAUUAAAACAGAACCUCAAGUUCCUGCCACUUCACAGCCUGGUGAACCUCAGCCUGUUCUAAUACCCAGUAUUAAUAUCAACCCCGAAGAUGCAGAAAAUAAAGGAGAAAUAGGUGCUUUAUCAAAAACUGAAACCAUGUUACCAGAAUCUGAGAAUCAAAAGGAAAAUGAUACUGAUUCAGGCACUGGUUCCACUGCUGAUAAUAGCAGCAUUGACUUGAAUUUAUCCAUCUCUAGCUUCCUAAGCAAAACUAAAGACAAUGGAUCAAUAUCUUUACAAGAAACAAGAAGACAAAAGAAAACAUUGAAGAAAACACGCAAAUUUGUUGUUGAUGGUGUGGAAGUGAGUGUAACAACAUCAAAGAUAGUUACAGAUAGUGAUUCCAAAACUGAAGAAUUGAGGUUUCUUAGACGGCAGGAACUUCGGGAAUUAAGAUUUCUUCAAAAAGAAGAGCAAAGAGCCCAACAACAGCUCAAUGGCAAACUGCAACAACAGCGAGAGCAAAUUUUCCGGCGUUUUGAGCAGGAGAUGAUGAGCAAGAAACGACAAUAUGACCAAGAGAUUGAGAAUCUAGAAAAACAGCAGAAACAGACUAUUGAACGUCUAGAACAAGAACACACAAAUCGCUUACGAGAUGAAGCCAAACGCAUUAAAGGUGAACAAGAGAAAGAGUUGUCCAAAUUUCAGAAUAUGUUAAAGAACCGAAAGAAGGAGGUUAUAAAUGAAGUGGAGAAAGCACCCAAAGAGCUGAGAAAAGAGCUCAUGAAACGCAGGAAAGAGGAGCUUGCACAAAGCCAGCAUGCUCAGGAACAAGAGUUUGUUCAGAAGCAACAACAAGAAUUAGAUGGCUCUCUGAAAAAGAUCAUCCAACAGCAGAAGGCAGAGUUAGCCAAUAUUGAAAGAGAGUGCCUGAAUAACAAACAACAGCUCAUGAGAGCUAGAGAAGCUGCGAUUUGGGAGCUUGAAGAACGACACUUACAAGAAAAACACCAGCUGCUCAAACAGCAACUUAAAGAUCAGUAUUUUAUGCAAAGACAUCAGCUGCUUAAGCGCCAUGAGAAGGAAACAGAACAAAUGCAGCGUUACAAUCAACGACUUAUUGAGGAGUUGAAAAACAGACAGACUCAAGAAAGGGCAAGACUGCCUAAGAUUCAGCGCAGCGAAGCCAAGACUCGCAUGGCCAUGUUUAAGAAGAGUUUGAGAAUUAACCCAACAGCAACACCAGAUCAGGAUCGUGACAAAAUUAAACAAUUUGCUUCUCAAGAAGAAAAGAGGCAGAAAAAUGAGAGAAUGGCUCAGCAUCAAAAACAUGAAAAUCAAAUGCGGGAUCUUCAGUUGCAGUGUGAAGCCAAUGUCCGAGAACUGCAUCAACUGCAGAAUGAAAAAUGCCACCUCUUGGUUGAGCAUGAGACUCAGAAACUAAAGGAGUUAGAUGAGGAACACAGCCAAGAAUUAAAGGAAUGGAGAGAGAAAUUGAGACCUAGGAAAAAGACACUGGAAGAGGAGUUUGCUAGGAAACUACAGGAACAGGAAGUGUUCUUUAAAAUGACCGGGGAGUCUGAAUGCCUUAACCCAUCAACACAGAGCCGGAUUUCCAAAUUCUAUCCUAUUCCUAGCUUGCAUUCCACUGGAUCGUAACAAUGGGAAGCAGUCUGUGGUUGGGUUUGUCUUUUUAAGUAUGUCAUUCUGUUCUCUUCAUCUUCUGCCAUAGUCUGUAUCAGAGAGCUCACGAAGACAAUCACCUGCCUCACCUUCUGGGUGUUUAUUUGUUUGUUUUAUUUGUUUAGCAAAGAUAAAGGGAAAGGCACUAAGACAGAUGCUGGGCCAUGCUGGCAAAGUAGCAUCUUGCAGUAAUUCCCUAAGGUGAUUUUUGUAUAUAAUCUUAAAAAUUGUGUUGUUUAGAUACUGUUACCUGAAAAACUGGUAGACAUAUAAUGUUUAAAGUUAUUUAAAAAAACCCUGUUAUGUCACUUAAGUAUUACUAAAUAUCUUUUUUCCUGACUUAACUUCUCAAUGAUGCCUAAAAUCUAUAGUUGAAACUGCUGUAGAGAGUUGGAAUAAUUUUUUGGUGAAUCAGCUCUCAUGAAAAAACUAUGAGUUGCUCAAAAUAUGAUAUUGAUUCAUAAAUAAAUCUAUUAUCUUUAAAUGUUAGCAUCAAACUCUUUUAAAAGAGAAAAAUUAUUUCAAUAAUUUGUCUAAAAUAAUUACCUGUUUAGACAUGAGCUAAUAAUUAAGGGUGCUAGUUUUAUUAAAAUAGUGCCUAAAACACUAAAUUUCAAUUGAGUCUAAAAUAGCAUUUCCUUUUUUGAUUCAACAGGGACAAAACACCCUUAGCAUUAAGCAUUAUUGUUUUUUAAAUCUUGCUCCUAUUACCAAUUGAUAGAAAUUUUCAUCCUAAAGUAUAUGUUGUACAAAGUUGGAAAGAUGAAAAAAAUAAACGGUAGCUUUUAGAUGUCCAAAUUGGAAAUGUAAAACUCACCAAAUUAAAAAAAAUACAGAUUUAGCUAUCUCAGCUUACGUCCUAAAAUAAUACAUGAGCUGGUUAAAUGACUUCUCCCAUCUUAACAAAUUCUGUUUAAAACUGUUGGAGGCUGGCAGGCUCUGAGUUAUAUUUAUGAAUAUAUUUUUUAUGAAAUUAAUCUUAAAAGAGGCAUUUGUUCAGAGUAGUUAAGAAAGAAUUUAAAAUAUUUAGGCAAAUAUCAGAAAUGACUUUUCAUUGUUUUGAGAUCGAGUCAUUUAUAUUUUGGUCUUGUUUUGUUCCAUGUUUAAAUUAUUUACUUUGAUUUGAGUGGGAAAAGCCUGAAACCUUUAUCAUGAGGUUGCUGAUACGUGUAAUUAUUAAUGAAAUGUUCACUCUAGUCCCUUUUGAGGGUUAGAAUUUCAAGCACGUGUCAGGUCGAAACAGUAUUAUAAACCAUAUUUCGGGGUGUGAGACAGUACAUUUGUAGACGAAGCUUGCUGCCUGCCAUGUGCGCCUGUUCUGUCAUGAGUGCCAGGUACCAAUUGUAGAAAUUUCAGUUUUUAGUUAUAUUACAUUUGAGGCUCGUGAAAAAUGCAAAUGAAACUUUGUGGGAACACUGAUUCAUGUUAAGAAAAUGUAAAUAUCUGUAGCACUUUCUUGCAGUUAAUUUGAAAACUGAAUGCUGAACCUUAUUUUGUCAGUGGUUUAGAUGAUUUAAAAAUGCAUGUGAUUUUAAUUUUGUAAUUGUUUUGACAAGCAUAAUUGGACAACUUUGUAGGUAGCCUUAACUUCUGGCCAAGUUUGUUUUUUAUAUAAAUAUAUAUACAUAUAUAUAUAUAUUAUGUAUGGUUGUAAAUUCAUACACUUAUCACAUGAAUGUGUUACUGUAUACAAAACUCUUUUAAUGCUUUAUUCUCAAAUGCUGGGUUGAAAAAUGUUUUGAGAGCCUUUUAAAAUAUAUAUCUUUAUAAAGUAAUGUUCAGGAUGAUGAUGGAAAUUGUUUAUAUUGUUAUGAUAGAAAUGACAGUAUAAUGUUACCCAGUGUAUUUAAUGAUUUAUUUGAAGAGGGAGAGAGGAAGAAGGUUCUCAUACCACUUUCUCCUUUGAAAUUUUCAGUUUAUUGGCUUUUUAAAAAUUAAUACUUCAGGCAGUGGACAUUUUUUCAGUAUCGUUUAAAGGGUAUCCUGUGUGCUGAAUAGUUUAUGGCACAUAAUUAAUUUGGUCUGAAUAUUUGGUUCUUUUUCUUCCUUUCAAGUUGACAUUCAGAGUAUUGAAUAAAGAGGCUCAGAGUAGAACGAUUGACAACGCUGGUAAGUUUGUUAGCACCUCUUGCAUCUCCCGUAAAACUGCCCUUUGGAUUCCUUGUUCACGCUCGAGUUCUCUUUCAAAAAUGACCAGACCAUAUGCAUGUAGGAGCAGGACUACAGAAUAUGUAUGUAGAGGUAAAGCCUUCAUUUUAAUACUUAAAGUUACAUAAAUCUUUUCAAAAGGUAUUUUGUUGUAUAGACCAUGCUGUUUGUACCCACCCCUGCCCACUUCUUGCUAGGCCCUGUAUUCACGUACAGAAGAGUGAUCCUUCUCUCUUGCAUGAUGUGUAGGUGGGGGGUUGGGGAGGGACACAGACAUCUUUGAAAUCAAAGAGUACAGUCAAAUGCAUUCCUGAGUUGGUGGUUUUGUUGCUGUGGCAGAAUGUGCUAUGAAAUGCAUAGAAGAAAUUCUCCAUGUGUGCCCCCUAAUUACUCAGCCUCCCCUCCUCUCCCUGCGUGCUGUGGACACACCAGGCCACCACGCUUCUGCAGGUCUAGCUCAUGGAGCUCGUUGCACCAGGUUGCCUUUCCUAGUCCUGUCAAUCCAUGGUUGGGUGUGAAUUGCUGAAUUAGCCGCUAUACUAUAUGGACUCACAGUUAAGCUUUUUCUUACCGUUUUCUAUGGGGAAGCUAUAGGGUGGGUAAGGAGGAAAUUUGGAGUGCUUGUACCUUGCUGAAAAUGUUGAAACUUUCCUGUGACAGGAUACAGCAAAUUGUAAUUAAAUAUAAACCAGAACCAGAGCUACCUCUAAGUAGUGUUUCCUCAAGCACAAAGCUCUCAGGCAUAUGAGACCCACUGUAAUGGAGGGUCUCUGAUUUCUUGAGCAUCUGUGAGUUUCAGAAGCGAUUGUCUUUUGUAGUCUCCUAGUUCCCUUGUAACUACACACUUUUUUCCCCAUUCCACACUGUGCUUAAAUGACAAAGACUCUUCUGAGAAGCCAAAUUCUGUCAAAUGAUUAGCUAGAGAUAUUGUUGAUUACAGGAAAAUGUAGAACUGUGAGGUGGAGGAGGCGAGCUCUUUAGUUCCAGUUCUAAUAGGCUUCUGAUUGAAUAAAUCAGUUCCUUUCUGGGAAAUGAUCUUUUAUAGGAAAUGGGAUAUUUUAAAUGCUUUUCUUAAGUUGAAGGCACAACAAUUAAUGCCACUAUUGUUGCUAUCCUGUGGCUGACAUGGUUUUGAUACAGCUUUAAAACUUCUGUUACUAAGCUUGGGGUAGAAUGUGAUACCAGUUUUCAAUGUUGGCUGUAGCUUUUUGUAAUCCUUCUCUGAUUUGCAGUGUAAUAACUUCACAAGCUAAAUUUUCAGAAAGAAUUUUGUUUCAGAAAAUGCCUCUUGUCUAUUUGGGAGCAACAUGUCUUUUCAAUCAUGGGGUUGGCAAAUGAAAAAUAAAGUUAUUUCUUAAUCU